AUGACAGGCCAGCUCGGCAGGGCCAAGGCCCCCCCCGGCCGGCCCCGGCCCCCGGCCCCACGGCUCGGCUGCAGCGCAGAGGGCGCUGGACCCACGCAGCAGGCGCCCCCGCCGCACCCGUGCCCCUCUCCCCUCUCUUCUCUCAUCCUUUUUGGUUCAUCCUUUUCAGAGAGCUCCAUCUGCCACAGGAGCUUCGAAGAGCGCGGCUUCGAGGCGGCCCGAGAUCGGCGCCGGCUGCGGCCCUACUGGCCCCCACAGGCAGGAACGGGGAACGGGGAGCGCCUUGCGCACGUUCUUCGGGCCAGGGCGAAGCGCUGGAGCUUCCUGGAGGCCGCAAGCAGGCCCCGGGUGCAGGUCCUCACCGCCAAGAGCGACGUGGACGGGGCCCUGGAGGCCCAGCUGGCCUUCCUCACGCGCGGCGGGCACCGGCUCUUUUACCUCAACGAGGAGGAGUUGGCGGAGCUGGAAAAGCUGGCACCACGCAUCUCCGAGUAUUUCGAGCUCUGGGAGGAGAAGGCCAAAGAGGCUGCUGAAAGUGAGGAUAGCAAGCGUCUGCACAAAGAGCUGCGGCAGCGGCCGCUGGAGUGA